AUGGAUCAUAGAUAUAUGUGUCUUGUAAUAUUUGCUGAUUGGGAGCCAUUCUUCACUGUAAUAAGAGUUGCAUACACUGAAGAUACUGAGUGUGUUGGGCUUGCUCGGCUUGGUAGCGAAGAUCAUAUGAUAGUAGCUGGAACAAUGAAGCAGUUGCAGUUGGUUGACUUUGGAGCACCUUUGCAUUGCCUUGUCAUAACAGGGAAGACCCAUCCCUUGGGAACAGAAAUGCUGGGUUGGAUAGAAUGGGAUGGCGAGAGGAUUGAGUUUGAAAAUGCCCCAUCUUAUUCAGAAAAGAACUGGGGCGGAGGAUUCCCAAGAAAGUGGUUUUGGGUUCAAUGUAAUGUUUUUGAAGGUGAGGGUGCUAGUGGAGAAAUUGCACUUACAGCUGCUGGUGGAUUGAGGCAAAUUCCUGGGAUAACCGAGACCUUCGAAAAUGCUGCACUGAUUGGAGUUCAUUAUGGUGGAAAAUUUUAUGAAUUUGUGCCAUGGAAUGGUUUUGUUAACUGGGAAGUCACUCCUUGGGGUUAUUUGUUUAUGUCUGCAGACAAUGGCAGUUAUCUGGUUGAAUUAGAAGCAAAAACAGAUGAUCCCGGUACUCCAUUGCGUGCGCCAACAUCAGAAGCAGGCCUUUCACAAGCUUGUAAAGACACAUGUUUCGGAAUUCUUACAUUGAAAAUAUGGGAACGAAGAUAUGAUGGCAGCAAGGGGAAGAUCAUAUUGGACGUUUCAAGUGACAUGGCAGCUCUAGAAGUUGGAGGAGGUCCAUGGUUCAGCACUUGGAAAGGCAAGACGACAAUGCCACCGGUCAUUGGCCCUGCUCUUGGAUUACCCGUAGACCUAGAUGGCAUUUUUAAUGCGGUUCCUCUGUUUAAACCACCUGGUUUGUGAUCAAUUGGUUUAUAUCUUUCUUUCAGUUUGAUUUGAAUUUUGUAUAAACUCUCUCUUAUAGCAUGUUUGGUUUCAUGGGUGGAAUGAUCCAUAAUCACCUCUAGUUAGAAGCCAUAAGUUUUUGUAGUUUGUAAGUAAUCAUAUAUAAAUUAUGUCAA